GCUCAGACUCACCUGUUGACUCGGUGGGUUCGCUCACAGCGACCUGUCAGUUGUCAGGAGAGGUUAACGAAUCAAUCCAGCAGCUAAAGGCUGUUUUAUUUACCGUUCAGCCAUCAAAGGAUCUACAGCAGCUCUGGGAAGUGAAAAACUGCUCUAAAGUCGCUUCGCUGCUCGGGUUUCUCUCCUCUCUGCGACGCUGUUUUAUAAACAAGGAUCCUCGUUUCCAGUCGCUUGGAUGGGAGCGCGUUUUCCAGCUCCUGCACACAUACUCAGACCAAAGGAAUCUCUGCUUUAGAGAUGCCUCAACAUAACAUGGAAACCUCGAGGAGCCAGUGGCAGCAGGGUCUGCUGCAACCAUGGAACAUCAGAGGGCCUGGAGGCCAGAGUCCCGCCUCCUCAGGGGCAGAGUCUGACACUGAAAGCAGCAGCACAGAGAAUGAGAAGUCGUGCCUAAGGAAGACAGAGGUGAGCUCACUGAGGGUCCUUCCAUCGCCUUCAAUGCUUCAACAUCGAAUUACAGAGAUCAACCAGCAAAAGGAAGAACUAAAGAUUGAGCUGCAGCUGGAGAUCGCCUUGCUGCAAGGAGAGCUGCAGACAGAGAAGAAGCAGCUGCACAGACACACACAGAAGCUGCUGGCUUUGCAACAAGCUAGAGAAAGAGAGAAGCACAAGCAGCAUAAACAAACUGACAGACAUAAGGAAAGAGAGAGUUUGGAGAAGGAGAGGCAGAGGGUAGAAGAGUUGAAGAGGAGGUGUGAGGAAAAAGAGAAGUUGAUCCCGAGUCAGCCAGAAAGCCAAAGAGAGCAGCUAACUCUGCAGCUGCAGCAGGAGAAGGAGUCGAUGGAAGCAGCCAUCCGGGCUUUUGAGGACUGGGAGUUUCGUUUUUUGGAGGAAGAAAGCGGGAUUGGUGAAGAGGAUGAGGAGAAAUACGGGAAACCGAAGGAGGGAAGGAGUGAGGGGGAGACUGAUAAGGAGAUCUCCAGGCAGCACCAUGUGGUCAACAUGGCACAGGAAAGAGUUCAGCAGUUGGAGAAACAGUUGAAAGAGAUGGAGAAAGAGAAGGAAAGUGAGAUGAAUGCAUUGAAGAAGGAGAAGCGAGAUCUCAUCCAUGCGACUCAAAUGGUUCCUAAGGAGAAGAAGCCGCUCUCCGAUUGGUCGAACUUCACCGGCUCAGCUCCUUGCAUGAUGUCACUCUCUCCUUUGACGAUUCACAAGCCUCUACAGGAACCCUCCAAAGAAGCUGCCAGUUUGCCCAGAAGACGAAGCUCUCAUCGCAACAACAACAGAUUUUCAGACAGGCCGCUUUCAGUGCAGGGUUUGGUGCGGACUCUUCCUGACAGCCAAAGCACAGAGGCUUACACUUCCCCCAUCAUCUCUCACAGACUCAGCAACGGCCACAGACCGGCGAGCAGCAACGGUGGCGGGCUGCUCACUCCAUGCAACAGUGAAGCAAACUCUCGUGCUGUAAGCCCGUGCCAUUUGGAUCUUGCAGAAAUUGAGAGGAAGCUGAAGGAAGCCAAGGCAGAAAGAGAGAGGCUUCUCAGAGAGAGAGCAGAGAGGCAGCGGUUGUUGUUGGAAGAGAGAAGCCAAAGAGAGCUGAACUCCUCCAGAGAAGAUCCACUAGAACCAGAAACCCAACAGAGACCAGAGCCAGAAGCAAAUGAAUCUAGAUUGUUUUCAUCUCCAAGUUCAGAGAAACGCACCCUGCCCCAUUUCCUGACUCCAAACUUUGACCUUCGGGCCCAUGUGGAGUCGCUAGGUCACGGGGUUGCCAGCUGCAAGGACCUCCGGCUCACAUCACGACGGUGCGCAGGCUUUCUGACGAAACGAGGAGGGAGGGUCAAGACAUGGAAGAAGAGAUGGUUUCUGUUUGACACAGACCACAGGAGGCUGGCCUACUAUACAGACUGUGACGAGAGGAAGCUAAAAGGAGUCAUGUACUUUCAGGCAAUUGAGGAAGUUUACUACGACCAUCUACGAACAGCUGCAUCUUCUCCUCGACCUAGCCUUACAUUCUGCGUGAAGACAUACGAUCGCCUGUUCUUCCUGGUGGCCUCAAACGCCGUGUCCAUGCGGAUCUGGAUGGACGUCAUUGUCACUGCCACAGACGAGCACAGCCGCUAUUGACCUUUAUAUGUGAAGCUACUGAAAAGACUCUAAUGUGGGUUCUGUUCCCCUUUUCUGUCUGCGUAGCAUACUUGCUGGAAAUUUGCCUUAAGUGAUUGAGAAGACUGUGAAUAAUCACUCAGAUGUGCAGCAAUUCAGAUGAGGAGGACUAUGUUACUGACAGAGGUUCAUAAGCUGCAGUGCAGAACAUGGAUCUUCCAAAGACUUACUCAUGGUGACUCAGCGGUCUGUUACAGAGGGUUUACACAUGGACCUCGUUCUCCCCCUGCUGGUCAGAUUGCAGCAUUACAGGAGUAAAGUUAACUACAAUGAAACCACCAGCACCUAAAAGUCAUCCACUCUAAUAAUCCACUACUCUUAAUGUUUUCUUUGAUAUAUCCAUCCUGUUUUACAUUUGUUUUUAGAUAAAGGAAUGUAUAUGAAAUUUUAAAGAUUAUUUAUUUUGUUGAGGUUUAUAUGGCUUUGGUUUGCUUAUAAAUAAAACUGUACCCUGGUGUUAUGUCAACACUAAAUGUUCUUAAAAAUCC